AUGCAAGGGCUGGAUACCCGGAAUUCGCCAUCCAGCACAAGCAUCUCCAGAAACCUCUCGAUCUCGUCGCAGUUUGGCUCCGUGGUGUCUCACAUGUCACGGUUAGUCCGCGAUCAUCAAGGGACAUACAUAUUUUUUGGGCCUUCCGCCAAUCUAUCCAUGCUGCAAACCAUUCGGAAAAUCGUGCACCGUGCGCUGGGGCCAAGCAACUUCCGGGAAGUGCCUGCAGAAGACGAUCUGGUUGAUGAAGAGGCAGUGUCCAUUGAGGGGAACGAUACCGUCGCCGAGCCUUCCCGACCUUCGGUCGCUGAUGCCCGUUAUUAUCUUCAGUGGUAUACAAGCACCACAAGUUGUGUCUUCGAUCUCUUUGGACAUCAAGAGCUCGCGGAGGAAAUUAUUCCCUGGCUUGAGAAACCCGCGUCCACGGACCCCCAGACGUGCAUUAAUUUCCUAGUCCUCGCUAUUGGAGCUCAGUGUGGACCUAGAAACUGCGACGACCAGGCGAAUGAGUAUUUCACCUAUGCGCGAUCACUGUCAUCGAAAAAAUGCCUCGACGCUGUCAGCAUUGCCACUGUUCAAAUAUAUUGCCUAGUCGCCACGUAUCUGCUUAACGCAGCGCGCCCACAUGCAGCCAGCAUGCAUCUCGGACUGGCGGUUCGCGCCGCGCACUCGCUGGGCAUCCAGCGAGCGGACAUUAAUGCUCUCUUUGCGGGGGUAGAAGGAGCCAAACGCGAGCGCAUAUGGAAGGUUUUGCGAGUACAAGAUCUUUUCUUGAGCACAUCGCUUGGGCAGCAGCCAUCCACCAAAGAGACCCGUGAAACAAUGUGGCCACAAGGGUAUUCGGCGUCCACCGAUCUCUGUCAUAUUUUUGAGAAAAUCCUCUCUGAAGUCUACUCAAAACAAGAGGUUUCUCCUGCCGUGCUUGAGAAUGUCAGUAAACAUCAUCGGGAAUGGGCUUCUCGUUUUCGAGAAGGUCUUCUGACCGAUCAUAUUCCUGCCGAGGGAGAUGUCGGUGCUCGAGAGGGACAAAAUCAACCCAACAUUGGGCUCUGCCAUCUCAAAGAAGCUUACUACUGGACUAUCAUGUUGGUCACUCGCCCGUAUCUGAUCGACCUGGUCCAAAGGCACAUGGCUUACGAGACGGACCGCCCACGUCAAGCGAGUACCAAUGAUGACGUGCUCUCGCCACAGACACAGCAGUCUGAUACUCUACUGGCUCAUGCCUCAGUGAACUCCGCCGUACUUACAAUUGAUCUUCUGCAGUGCUUUCUACUCGCGGGCGAAAUACCGAAGCGGCUGCCUUAUGUUGUCAAUUCCAUCUUAAACUCUGCCCUUGUCCUAGGAAUCGGCUAUUUUGCUGGCCUCGAUCGUUUGUUCCCUUUGGGUCAUGCCUUGGAUUUGGCUGAAAGAUUGUUGGGCCGUUUUCAGUCAAGUGACCCAUUGGCGCAAUGGAGCCUUCGAAUAGUACGAGAUCUUCGCUGCUCUUGCAAUGAAUUUGUCCGACGGCGAUGUGACCGUCAUCUGAAGCGCCAAAGAGCUCUGGUCGAAGGUCUCUUCGGCGAUGUGAAGCCUUUGGACAGCCAGGCCCGGGCUUCUCCCAUUUCCCCGUCUUCUCCAUGCAGUCUUCCACAGGGCUGGAAUAUUGGCUCGGAGAACGGAGACUCCCAGGACAUGACACAGACACAGUUUUUGGAACUCCCCAGUGAUUUACAAAUUGAGGAGAACAGUACUAUCUGGAGCCAACUGUUCCGAGACUCCAUUCCGGGCUCGCUCUGGGAAUCGGAUCUGGAAUCCGGAGGCGGCCUCCCAUUUGAAUGGCCUUAG